AUGAAUGUAGCUGUAGAAGCUGCCAAUAAGAAUAUUAAGAAGAUUCUGAGAAAAAUGAUUGACAAUCACCAAGGUUGGCAUGAGAUGUUGCCAUAUGCUUUAUUGGGUUAUCGGACGACUGUCAGAACAUCGACUGGAGCUACUCCAUACUUGCUAGUGUAUGGGACAGAAGCAGUCACACCUGCUGAAGGCGAAAUACCGUCUUUGAGAAUCAUCCAAGAAGCUGAGUUAAGUAAUGCUGAAUGGGUCAGCAAGCGGAAUUAUCAACUAACUUUGAUUGAUGAGAAGAGAAUGAUUGCCAUCUGUCACGGUCAGUUGUAUAGACAGAGAAUGAUACGUGCCUUUCACAAGAGAGUAAGAGCCAGAAUUUUCGAAGUUGGUCAGUUGAUUCUUAAGCGUAUUUUUCCUCAUCAAGACGAAUACGAAGGAAAAUUUGCGCCAAAUAGGCAAGGACCCUACAUGGUUCGCAAGGUUUAUAGCUUUGCUGUGAAAUCAGCAAAUUCUUCAGAUGGAUGA